AUGUAGCUGGCAGUCAUGGAGCCAACGCGGAACGGUACGUGUCAACUGGUCGCAGUGUGCAUGGCACUGAUUGCCUGCUGUUGCUGCCUGAGCGCAGCGCAGCUGUUGGCACUUCCGUCCAAGGAUCUGGAUGAGCUGGGCGCCCAGUAUCUGCCUGCUGGCUUUGGACAGGCGAACCUUACGAUGGCGGAUGUACAGCGUAUUCUACAGCAAAAGUGCCAGGAGGCGAUCGCGGAGAGGCCGGGCAGUGAGACAAAUGCAACGAAACUAAGCGAGGAUCUUCAGCUGGGCGCCAGCCGUUUGGGCGAGUGCAUCGCCGAGCUGGCCAAUAUCACCGUUGUGCUCGACGAGGUGGAGAAGGCACGGCCACGUGGCGAUCUCGAUGUUGUCUUCGAGAAGUACUGCCUGCGCAUGCCGCAGGCUCGCGCUUGCCUCUCGGAAUUCAAUGAGGCUCUGCUGCCCUGUCUGACGCGCGAAGAACGCCAGCACAAUACCAUGGUGCAGCGCAUCAUAGGCAAGCUGCUGGACUUUGUGUGCUACAAAAACGGCGAUCAGAUAGCGCUCUUCAUAGCCGAACAGGGACCUGAGUGCCUGGAGCAGCACAAGGAUCAUGUGAGCAGCUGCUUUCAAAAGACCUUUGGUCAUUAUAUCCCCAGCCAGCUGAACGUAACGCUGACAGAUCUGCCCGAGCUGGUACUAGGGCCCCGUCAGUGUGCCGAACUGCAUGAGUUCGAGGGCUGCGUGGUGCGCCACUUGGAGACAUGCAGCAACAUCACGCCCAGCAACAUUGUCGAGUCCAUGUUUCGCUAUGUGCGCAAGGAGUCCAACUGCCAGCAGGUCAUUGAUCGCGUGACCAGGGAGCGCAGCGAGGCGCUGGGCCUGCGAUCUAGCGCAGCGACUGUGACGUCGGCGACGAUUGCCUUGUUGCUGGGCUUAGCCGUAAUUAAUGUUUAGUUAGCAUUUAAUCUAACCACAAGCUGUGUGCCUAUUAGCCUAUAGUGUAAGAGUAUCUCAAGCUCGAUGUCUUUUUUUUCUUUUUUUUUUUUUUUUUUUGCCCUUUAGCUUUG